AUGGAUGCAAAAUGUACCACAGGAAAAGUUGCAAUUCCGCGGCGGUUUAAGAAUGUUAUCCUCUACUCGAAUAUUUUAAAAUCUUCAAAACGCAAAGAUGCCUUUCACCUGUUCAAGAAGAAAGACACCCCGUUGAAGUUAUCCCAAGGGGAUAACAUAGGUAAAGAAAGUGGCUCCUUAAAUUGCCUAAACGAAUUGAUAGAAUCCGUGUUACAUAAGAAAUACGAAUAUAAGAACAGCUUGAAGGAGCCUAUUUUUACCAUCUCCCAUUUGGCUAGCCAUUUUAUGAACAACUCGGUAAAUUUACAAAAUGUAGAAUUCGAUGAACAAAAUAGGGAUGAAUAUACCUAUGAGAAAAAUAGAAUUGGCGAUUUUCUCGCAGAGAACAACAUACAGGUUGGUAAAAAUUUUGGACAGCUUGCGCAGGUCGGUACGAAUAUUCCACCGAAUAAAGAUCAACCCAGCGAGAGCAUCAAAAGGGACAACACUGACCGCAGCCAAAAUGAUGGUAACCAAAAUGACCUCAACCAUGAAAACAAAAUCCUCUGCUUGACGGCGAAAAAUAAAAUUAAAAAGGAAGGGGUCAUAUGCAGCAUACCCAGCUCGUACAUAAUUCACUAUGAUUACAUUUUAAAGCAAAUUCAAAAGUACGUGCACCUUUUUUCCAGUACUUAUAACGUAAACUAUAUAAAAUACAUUUUUAAAAACAACAUGGAAGAUGAGAUAAAAGAGCUAACCCCCCUCACCAUCUUACAGUAUGACAUUUAUAAAAGGCAUGUCCACUUUUUAUCCUUCAUGAAGUCAUCCCUUAUCUUUUUAAAAUUCUGGGACGUGAAAUUAACAUUGAUAAUAACAUAUAUCCACUUUGUUUCGAAAUAUGUGACUAUUCUGCUUCACGCAUAUAAUUUUAACAACACCUUUUUUGUUCUCCUGAGGAAUUAUUUCGCCAAAAGGGAGAAGCCAAAUGGGAUAACUGGCGAAAAUUCGACGCGCAGGGAGGACCAAAGGAAUGAUGGCCCAAGUGACAACCCAGGUGGCAACCCAGGUGACAACCCAGGUGACAACCCAGGUGACAACACAGGUGACAACCCAAGUGAUAACCCAAGUGACAACCCAAGUGACAACCCAAAGGAUAGCCACCCUUGUAACGCUAACACAGAAGCGAAACUACUCAAGCCACACCCCACACACAUAGACCAAACAAACUGCGAUCUUACCCAAAAAACAAAUGACACACUUAAAGAGAAGACCAAUUUUUUCUUCUAUAAAAAUUACGAACAUUACAUCAACUAUAUUGUUAAUAAAAAACACCUGUCCCAUUUGCCACUACUCUUCUCAGACUCCUCCUUUCUUCUUUUCAACAACAUGAAUAUAAAAAAUAUAAUUUAUUUUAGGAGGCAAAUGCUGCACGAAAUAUUAAAUUUACUUAAAGGUGACGAACAUGGGGACUCCAACUUUUUAUUCAUUGACAAAAAUGCCAUACACAGAAUCUUAUUCACUAACAAUAAGCAUUACCAACGCAUUGAGAAAUUCCUAACCUGUGCUGACAACGCCCUUUGGGAGGAGAAACGAGAAUCUCUCCACGACAUUUCUCUUGACCACACAGCAGAUGUUAACAGGUUGUAUCAUUUCGCUUUGCUCGUGGGGGAGGGCAACCCGAACGGACGAGGCAGUCACACAAACGGACGAGGCAGCAACCCGAAUGAACGAGGCAGCCACCCGAACGAACGAAGCUGCCACCCGAACGAACGAAGCAGCAACCCAAACGGAGAGCCAACCCCCAGCGCACCAAGUGAAUCCCUAGGUGAGGCUAUCCAAUCCAUCGCGUACACAGAAUCCCUAUUCGAAUCGCUCGAUCAUUUCGUCAAUUACAACUUUCUGAUGCGAAUAUAUUCGUACGUCUCCUCGCAUGUAAUAAAAGUAAAGGGCAACAUAACCCCAAAUGGGGAGCAUUCAGCGGAGGGGAAAAAAAAAAUAAACCAAAUAAAACAAGGCGAAAAUAACCCAAACCACAGCAACCACUAUGAUCUGAAGGACAACGUCCUAAGUAGCAACGUCAAAAUGGAAAAGCUGGAGAAGGCAAUCCACCAGCUCACAAUAGAGGAAUGCGCAAAGCACGAUUUUAACCAGUAUGAGAAAGCCGAAAGGGAGGAAGAAAAUAAAUACAUGUGCCUAAUACCAAUCAUAGACAUCUGUAACCAUAGCAAUUUCGCCACAAACUGUAUUAUCAAAAAGGAAAUGAAAAAAAGUGCAAAAGGUGGGUUUCACAUCGCGGGAGAUUCCAAGUUGGAUUCCCAUUCUCGGGAUGGCCCCAAUAGAACGAACGAAAUGAAGGACAUUUUGAAAGAGACCCACAUUGAUUAUAUGCCAAAAGAAGCACAUAAUCGGGAAGAGGAACUACCAAUUAGUAAUUUAGAUAAUGUUCAAUUAAUCAGCUCAAAAGAUAUAGACAGAGGAGAAGAAAUCACCAUAAGUUACGGCAACCUGAGCAAUGACCUUCUACUCCUAGAAUACGGAUUUAUUGAUAAGCAAAAUACAAAAGUGUACUUCCAUUUUGAUGUGAAAAUUGUAAGAGAAAUAAUUAUACAAAUAUUAGGGUUUGAUAAGUUACCCCUAACGAUGUUAGAAAGUCUACCACAGGUUAAGGUGGAUUUAUUUAAAAAGCUUAAUGUUGUCCAGAACAAUGAGAAUUUGUAUGAACGAUUUGAUGUCAACAGUAUGGAGAGCGCAAAAAUUACGAGAAAAAAAAAGGAAAUACUAAACGAUUAUGUAAGAAAAAAUAAAUAUUUCAACGAGUACAACAUCUUUACCAUGAAAGAUCGCAUUAACAAAUUUUACAUCGAAGAAAAACUCCAACAUUCGCAUAAGAAGAAUUACCUCUACAUAGGCACAGAAUUUAUUGUAGACCCGAUCCUACUAGCCACAAUCCGAGUUAUCAUAUAUGACGACUUAAACCACCUCGCCAAGGUAAAGGUAACAGACUUGGUGAAAUGGGAACAUUACUUGUCACCCCUAUCCGAAGUAGUCGUGUUGCAAAUUCUAAUCAAAUUAAUCGAUGAAAUUAUAUAUGAACAAUUCUACCAUAUCAAUUAUGAAGAAAUAUUAAAGAAGGGAAAGGUCCCAUACGCCGAUUUGAAAUUUUUACAGAAUAAAUUUCUUCAAAAAGAUUUGUUCAACUCGGAGAAAUCCAUAGACGUAUCGCACAGUAACAACUUUAAAAUCGUUAUUUAUAAUAUUAUGAAGCUGAAGGAGCUGCAAAAUGCGAGGCGAAAGCUUACAGAAAAGUUGAAGCAAAUGAAGGGGCUCAUAAAGGUCUAA